AAUGUCUGGCUGCGCAGAACGCCGACGCUCAGACUCAGACCGCGGUAGCGGAGGGGCGGGACUUGACCGAACCGAUAAGUUGAUCUAGUUUUCAGUAGAAACGUUAUUCCGAUUCGACCCUUCAAGCAAGAGUUUUCCUCAAAAGGAUUGUGUUCCUCGACAUCAUGGGUGUAGAGGGGGGAAUCAGAUGUGUCAAGUACCUGCUAUUCUUCUUCAACUUCAUCUUUUGGCUGUGUGGCCUGGCGCUGAUUGUGGUGGGGAUCCUGGUGCAGGUAGCCUUGCACAAAUCCCUGUCCAUCAGUGACGCCACAGCCUCGGCGAUCCCUAUCAUUCUGAUAGUCGUGGGUGUCGUCAUCUUCUUCAUUGCCUUCUGUGGUUGCUGCGGUGCCUGGAAGGAGAAUUACUGCAUGGUCACCACGUUUGCCGUCCUCCUGUUACUGAUCAUCCUCGUCGAGAUCGGAGUGGCUAUAGCCGGAUACAUCUUCAGGGGUCAUAUUAAAGGAGAGGUCCGGGAGGGUCUCAACCAACUGAUCGCAAAGUACAACACCACGGAUGAAAUCAAACAAACUGUGGACAAGAUGCAGGAGGAUUUGAAGUGUUGUGGCGCCAACAGCUCGUCAGACUGGAAAGACUUCGGGGCAGAUCAAAACACAGUCCCUGACUCCUGCUGUGUGAACAUCUCAAAGGGCUGCGGGGUCGGGGAACUCAGUGAUGUUCUCAAAGUACACCAGCAGGGCUGCCACACUGCGGUUGAGGAAUCGCUGAUGAAGAAUCUGAUGUGGAUUGUUAUUGCUGCUGUCGUUAUUGCUAUAAUACAGAUCAUGGGCAUUGUGUUCUCCUGCAUGCUGAUGAAGGCCAUCCGCAGUGGCUAUGAAGUCAUGUGAUUUUGCCUUAGCCUGAGCAGUAGGUAUCUGUUCAGGUCACCUCUUCACCUUGGGAAGCUUCACCUUAGAAUAUUUACCCCUCACAUUUCCUUGGCGCUGACGCCUUAUAUAGAACAAUGUUUACUUUUUAUGAUCUGUAAUUGAUUAUAUCAUAUCAUUGGAAAUCUGCAAUAGCCACAGCACCAUGCAUAUUUAGGGACAGAAUUCCAAAAACUAGGAAGUAAGUUCUUGUAUUUUGUGUUCCACUCCAAUAAUACUAUUCUGGUUGUUAUGAUUGAACAAUAUAACACAUUAAAAGAAAAAUCCUU